GGCUACGACCAGCGGCCCAGCUCGUUAGGCUUCUUCCGGAAGCCGAAGUCGCCGCUAAGCAUACGUUCCAAGAGCGCCGAACAUGAGUUCGCCGACGUCGAGACGUCCCAGAAAGGUGACGACAGAAUCAUCAAAAAGCCAUCGACAUAACAUAUUUAGCAAGCGUGGAGCGACGCCGAGUGCGGGCCCCGCGUUCCAGGCACUCGGAGGAAGCAUGUCCACCUCCGGUGGGGGAGGAGUGCUCAAGGAUCUGGGCCACCCCGGCCUAAAUGAAGCGCUCAAGUCACACAACAGUGUAACAUUUAAGCUAGUCAAAACAGUUUCGGAUUUCAGCGAGACCUUGGCGCAGCUCUACGAGCAGCAUGCCGAGGCACUGCAAGUGUUGGUUUCGAACUACCGCAAACGGAACAGCGAACUGCGAAAGGAACGACCCGCCUGUCAGUCGAACCUGUUCACGGCAUGGGAAACGCUACUGCAGGAAAUCGAAGCGGACUCGCAGGCAACGAUCGACGUGGCCAGCACGCUCUCCAGGCAGGUCGCUCGUCCGCUUCUGGAGCGCUCGUUCUAUCGGAAGGUCCAAAGUAGGAAAGUAUUUACACACCGGGAGUCGUUCGAUACAAUCAUUUCCAAGACUGAAGAGAAACUAUCAAAGUGCCGAAUCGAAUACAAACAAUGCUACAUCGCUCAUCGUCAAAGCCCGACCCAGCACACGCUGACGCAGUACAUCGACUCGCACAAUGCGUACGUGCAGCAGCUGCACGCCACCAACGCCAUGCUCGAGGCGUACCACUGCGAAACGCUGCCGCAGCUCAUGCAAGAGCUGGAGGAGAUCUACAACGACCUGUGCAAUAUCGUGUCGGAAGCUGUGCUGCAGGGUGCCGAAGCCAUCGCUGCCAAGGCAGCCGAACAGGCGAAGCGUUACGAUGGGCUAGCCGUGCAGUGCAAGAACGUUUCACCGGCACUCGAUCUUGGAUACUUCGUCCGCACACUUCCGGUACCGCAGACCAUGCAGCGGAUUCCGCGAAAAGCAUUUGCACCACCGCAGUCUGCAAAUGCAGCCAACGAAGCAGCAGGACCGGAGGAUAUGCCGGACUACGGUGGGGAUCCCAUGAUGCCAGUGUUCAAGGAUGAGCUCGUCGUAGACAAAGGUGCAUCCAUCCAAGUGCGCCCGUCGCUGGAAGCGUUGAGACGAGAGUCACAGGAAUUAGAAAUUCAAAUCAAACAACUACAGGAUUCUGUAGACGCUUUAGUUCGUACACAGAUCAGAGGCAUCGAAGGCCAGCUGUACAAUAAAGCCAACGAGAUCCAGGAGGAUAUCUCGAUGAAAAAAUUCGAUGUUCGGGCCAAACAGAUCCAUCUCGCAGCAGUCCGUGCCCAGAAAGAGUUAUUUUUGGGUAGAAUAGAUCCUGGUUCACCUCGCGGUGAACGUAAAAUGUCUUCUUCUAGUUCUUCCUCAAUGAAGACUAAGUGGCUAAAAGCGUUCCGUAGCCUGAAACCGGCAGGUUCGGCGAACGAUAGGAAGAGCGGUAAUGGAGCACAAAUCCGCUUCGAUGGCACCGAUAAUCACAAUCUGCAGGAGUACACCUACAAAAAGAUCACACCGUGCGACGUUUGCUCGCAGGUUCUACGAGGACACACCCGACAGGGCCUACGCUGCCGCAUAUGCAAGGUGAACGUGCAUGCCGACUGUGCAUCGCAGCUGCCAAAGUGUCAGGUGAAGCAGAAGCUGCUUCGCCGCCAGAAGAGCACCUCCGAAAUCGAGAACCGUGCCACCGAGGUUGAGGAAGAAAAACCAACAGAUGUCGAUCAGAUAUAUCAGGUCCUUAAGCAGGCGGGCGAAAUUUCCAGCGGCAAAAUUAUUGUCGAUCCCGCAAAGGGCCCAGGAGCGACCGGGACGGCGGCCGCCGGACACAACCAAACAGUCUCGAACCCUCCGCUAGACAUUCCCGUAGUGAAAGUGCCUGAGUAUCCGGACCGAGCGCCAUGGCGGGGACCAGUCAAAUCUCAGGGGCCAAAUUAUCCACACCAGAAACAGGGACUGACUGCGCCCGUUGCAACGGACAUGUCAUGCUCAGAUAUACGCGUACCCACAAACCCAAACAUGCACCAGGCGGCGGCCAUCGAUACCGGUGCGAGGCGUCGACUGUUUGCAGGCUUCCGACCUAUGUCCGGCUUCGGCAUAUUGCGGCUACGAUCGGCACAGCAUCGAUCGAUCUCGCUACCUGAAACACCGCAUUCACCUCGACGCCAAAAGCUGAACCUUAGAAUGAAAUCACUCAGCUUGGACUCACCAGAAUCGUCCGAAUUGCAUGGGCAAAUUCGACGGCGACUUCCGGGACCGACCGGUCACGGUGGCCACGGAGGUUCUGGUGGUCACUUAGAACACAGCACGCCGCCAUCUAACAAUAGUAGGUUACACUCACCUUCCAGCCCGUCGGGUACGCAGAGAAAAUUCCUGUACGCUACGCGUGGCAUGAAGACCGGUUCCGUUGAUCUGCCGGAUGAAAUCGAAAAAAGCCUCUCGUCGGCCAGCACUUCGCCCUGCCCAUCACCGAAAUCCCAUCGUCUUCUGCCAACAAACCUCUACGUUGUAUUGUACAACUUCAAGUCCCGUCACCAGGAUGAACUGGAUCUAAAAGCUGGAUACAAGGUCACUGUGAUCGAUACAUCCGAUCCCGACUGGUGGAAAGGAAAAUGUCUCGGGAAGGUUGGCUACUUUCCCUCUAAAUACUGUGCUAAACUUGCAGCUUCCGAAAAACCACUGCAGGUCACACACAACCUACAGGUCACCGACAAUGAGCGUGGAGAUGGAACGUUAACACUGCUUCGAGAUCAAAUCGUCAUUCAGGUUGGCGAGGAGGUGAAUGGCAUGGUUAUGGUUCGCUCGGCCGAUAACCGCCAGGGCGUAUGUCCGGUGAAGUACUUGCAGGAGGUCUGACAACCGGAAGAGGAAAAACUCGACCGGGAUCGUGAUAAAGACCACCGACAACAUACAGGUAUUGCCGGCAAGAGUGCGGGAGCAAGCGUUACCACAAAGACUAGCAGAAAAGAGCCAUCAACCGGUGGGCCACGACACGAGGGCCGCGAUCAGAAAGAUCAAUGUCACGCUGGCGGACAUCACUAUCACCGCGAGAGUCGCAACAACUUCCACAAGUCCUACGAUCGCAGCUGGGAAAAGUGGGAAAAGUUCCGCGAGAAGAAGAUGGAAAUGAUGAAAGCUCACAAGUACAAUGUGGAGCAUAGGCUGAAGUACGACAACCAGGAGCGCAUUCUGUACCGGCACCACUUCAACUACUACCCGGUGAAGCGACCCCGACCGCGCAAAACAUCGCUAGAGCCUAACUGGUACACGGAAAAUAUUUACUCGAAUCAAUCCAUCGAUAACUCGGACGGAGAGCUGGGCGUAGGUUUUCCCCGGCCCGUGCCACAUCUGGCGGGAGCUUCUGGUGGGCGCGAUAUUAACGGUAACAUGAGCAUGGCGGGACUCGAAGACGAUGGAAUUUUUACCAUUGACGGCCAUUUCGAGCGACGGCACAACUAUCCCAAAUCAAGCAGCUGCUGCUUCGGAGUUAAUCGCAUGCGGGACAUAGACGAGCUGGGGGACGGUCUGGAGGGAGACGGUUGGACGGAGCGCUAUCCCAAAAUACCGAAAUCCUAUUCGUUCAGCACGUCGCGCAGUAUGGGGGUCGGGUUCAACAUGGCAAAGCUGUACAAUCGCAACAGCUUCGAGAUGCCAGAAUUUCCAAACCAUCGCCGCCGGCAUCCGGAGGGUGGCCGAGCGGUCGUGCGGUUGUGUGAUCGUGAAGGUUGCUUCAACGAGACGUGCUUCAGCAAAGAUGAAAAGAACUUUUACAAUAACAAUAAUCUACACAACAAUAACGUAAACAAUAACAAUAACAACAUUCACAGUACCAACAACAUCACUUAUCGGCAUAACAAUAACAACAUCAUCAGCGAAUGGAAUCUGCGGAAUCGAAAUAAUCUGCGGGCAGGUGUUGUUGGUGGAGGUGGUGGAGGUGGAGGUGAUGCUAUUGCACCACGACCACAGUACGUCAUGGAGGAGGACUUUGAUCUGUUCGACGAGGACGAGGAUGAUUGUGAGGACGAGGAAGAUGAAGAGGAUCGUGAUCGAGAAGAUCCCGAGGAAGUGGAAAGCGAUCUGAACACGCUCUAUGCCGAAGAUCGUCAUUCGAUCGCAUGCGGUGAUUAUGGUGGAGUCGCCCGCGAACUCUACGGUCAUCCAUUACGCGGUGGUACAGGGCAGGCGGCUAGUUUAUAUCGAGACCAACGGUCGAAACAAUUGUUACGUGGUCGGCUCGAUCGUGUGUCCAAGUACGCAGACGCUGAGUACACCGACAACUAUCGACGAUCGUUUGAAGAUUUUUUUAACCAGAACUGUUGCAUCGAGCGGAACCAUCGCCAGCUGCAAGAUAGUGGACGCUUCCUGUUGAAAGCGCCCGUUACGCCACCAAAGAACAAGAGUAUGUUGGAAGUAAAACCACCGAACCGCUUCGAUGACACCUCGUCAGACUCAACGGACCUAGAGCUGGAUGAUUUUAACUUUGACUUUGAAAAGUAUUGGGAAGAGUUAGAGAAACCGUCACCAACGUCACCGAGCGAGCUGGAAGAGCGCAAGAGUGUGGGUCGAAGCGCGAUGGCCGGCGGCACGGCGCCAAAGAAAGUGAAGAACGUCAAUCUUAGCCGCUGCUACAACAAUGGUACGGUCAUAGAUAUUUACCACGAUGAUGAUCCAUACCAUCGGGACCACUAUCACUACCGGGAGGGUGGUAUCGGUAAGGCGAACAAUCACAGCCACAGCCACCGACAUCGCACCAACACCACGUCCAGAAGCAAAGGGUCCAGACACAAGGUGUAUCCGGCGGACCGAGACAAGAGGUCUGCCGACGAUUCCGGCCACCUUUCGGACAAGGGACCUGGGCCAGCCACGCAUGAACCAAGCAGUGCCAAGUCGCUCGACGCAGCGGGUAACGCGAUAAGCGGUAACACCAAUGCGAUCAGCUUCCUCAACAACAUAUUUUCCAUCUACAAGCCGAACAAGUAUUCACCGCUUAACUGUCACGUCGAGCAGAACUACCUAAAAAAUAUUCCCACUAAAAAGAUGAACAUUGUGGCUAGUUCCGCCGCCAGGCCAUUGGGGGCUGCCAGCUCCGAUCGUCAUGCUGGCACCGGCGGUGGUGGCGAUCCGUCGUCCACCAAGCGGCCGCUCACGGUACAUCCCGCCAAACCGUCCGUUGCUUCGGUGGCUUCCGCAGCGAGGCGUAAUGCUGCCCGGCCACAGUCAGCCAAGGACCCGCAGGCUCGGUUCCAGAUCAUACCGGAAAAGACGGGCGUUAAGAUAUCGCCGCUGUACCGGCUCGAUGCACAGGACUACCGGCGGGCGCGCUAUAAAUUGAAGAGCACCUCACGGCCCCUGUCAUUCUGGUGAAAAUUGCUCGACUGUUCGUAUUAUUCGGAUGGCCGACUGGACGGAUUGCCAGUGGUGAAGAAGACGCGGCGACACACCAAGUAUCUCAAGUACUGAACAUACCACAAAUACGCC